AUGUCAGCCCGCAUCCAGAUGCGUCGCAAGGACUUUGAAAAAGAUGCCUGGAUCCUCUCCGCAAUCACACAACAAGCACUCGAAAAGGCGAAAAUAGAGGAGGAUCAAAAGCAACGCAUCUCGGAUCCGGCUGUUUGUCUGCUUCGACAGCAUGUCCAUUCCGCCGUUGGCCGCGUUCAAGGUUCUAAUGAAUCAUGCACCAUCCUCCGCAGCCAACUUUGGUCAACGACACUGUACACGGGCCCUUGGAAUUUGUGGAUCACUAUAAACCCGUCCGGCAUACAUGACCCAAUUGCACAAGUUUUUGCGGGAGAGCACAUUGAUCUCAACAAUUUCAUAUCAACAGCUGGCCCAGAUGUCAAUCAGCGAGGCCAAAACAUUGCCGCAGAUCCAUACACUGCCACCAAAUUUUUCCAUUUCACUAUCCGCACAAUCCUGGAGAUGUUAUUUGGCAUCAAGACGUUGGGCUUUCGCGUGCGGUCUGAGAUGGGCAUUUUCGGACAGUUAGCGGCAUAUUUUGGCAUGGUCGAAGGGCAAAACCGAGCAUCUCUCCACUUCCAUCUCAUAGCGGCUCUGCGCUGGGCACCAAAUGCAGACAAAAUGCAAGAACUCUUACAACGGGAAGAUUUCCGUGAAAAGAUCUGGGCUUACAUACGUGUGAACAUGUGUGCAUACCUCCCGGGUUUGGAUUUGGCUGAGGGGGUCAAAGAUAUUGCGGUGGAGAAAGAGAUUGCGUACAACCGGCCUCCCAACCCCGACGUCCCUGCAUAUUGGGAACAGGUGCAAGACUUUGAGCGGUGUUUGGCAAGAACAGAGCAGGUGCACACAUGCAACAUUUGGCGCUGCCUUGUGGUUACUAAGUCAGGGCACCUGCGUUGCAAGAGGAGAGCACCAUUCCCUUGCUCCACUGAUGACUACGUUUUCCCAAACGGAGAUUGGGGGCCCAAGCGGUUGUAUGAAUAUAUCAACGGUUGGAACCCGGCAUUAUUGGUCAAUGUGCGCUGCAACAACAAUUCCAAGUUUCUCACACAUGGUGAUGAUACCAAGAAGAUCACCCUGUACAUCCUUGGUUACGCGACAAAACCCCAGCUUCGAAACCACAACACAUCCGCAAUUCUUGCAAAAGGCUAUGCCUAUCAUACUGCGAUGGCAGCUCUUCCCGACGAACAGAUCAAAGAUCUUCGUGACAGGCAACGUCUAUUGCUCUUCUGGCUGGUACACGCAAUCAAUUGGGAACAGGAGUUGGGUGCUCCCAUGGUCAUCUCAUACUUGAUGGGAUGGGGUGACUGCUACAAGUUGCACAACUACGUCCCCAUAUAUUGGACUUCAUUUGCAGCCACCCUGCGCAAGGCAUUUCCCAGCCUGCACCAACAUAAAGGAUUGACAGACGCUUUUGCUGAGCCCACCCGAGAAUUGCAUAUCCAGUCCGCCAGUGCCCAAACAAAAGGACUCAAGCGGCCUGACGAGACCUGGGAAGAAGCCUUUCAGCAUUUUGCUCAGUUGGGGCCCGAACGCAACCGGGACAUCCUGACGAACAUUCAGUUCUAUCACUCUUGUCAGUCUGCGGUGCUCGCAAGCAAAGAUGAUGAAAUUGAUGAAGACAUACUGGGAUUGGCUUCUUCGAGCAUGACCAAGCCCAGCGGUGGUGACAAGGAGACAACAGUUGCUCCAGGGAUCACAGAAGAUGACAUAUCGGCUUUGCAGGCUUGCCGAUUUUCACAGCGGGAGGCAGAUCACGGUGACAUGGCCAUCGAAAUUGCACGGCUAGUCAGAUUGUUCAAUGACAAAGACGGACCCUGGGCUAUCAGAACUGCGGGUCACAGAGUGGCUCCAGCUUCUGGGGACGAUCUCAUCAACGUCAUACAAUGGAAGAAGCAGAUGGACUACUUAGCGCAGAUGCAAAACACCAUACUGGGGCCAUCGGACGAAGGCGAAGACACUGCGACAGUUGCCGUAGAAGGGUUGGACCAAACCGAAACUGUUGAAAUGAUCACGAGUGACAUGUUGCCAAACGGAGAAACGACGAAGUCCAGCCAAAUGUUUGACGUGGACAGCUGUGAUGAAGAGACAACGGGGGAGGAAGUGAUCAUGUUGCAACCAGACCAACAAAGGGCAUAUGACAUCAUCAUGUGGCAUUUGGGACGAGUGCUCGCAGGGCAUGACGUGCCGCCACUCAGGAUGUUGAUCCAUGUCGAAGGGGGUACUGGCAAGUCCAAGGUUAUCACGAAGGUGACGCGGUCAUUCCAGAAUCAUGGCGUCCAUCAGUGGCUUGUAAAGGCUGCAUACACAGAAGUUGCAGCUUCCCUCAUUGAUGGAAAGACGACACAUACUAUAGGCGCCAUGGGACUGAGGGGCGGAAAAAUCAGUGACGCGAACAAGGCCAAACUCCAAACAUUUUGGAGGGAACGCAAGUACCUCAUUAUUGAUGAAAUUUUGAUGAUUAGCAAGCAGUUUCUUGCGCAAUUGUCACACAACAUCGGCAUGAGGAAAGCAUCUGCAACUGACAAGUCAUUUGGGGUAUUUAUACCCAAAUCCGGUCUGAGUCAUAUCUACAACUAA